AGAUCAUCAUUCUUUUACGUGUUAAAAUCGUUUUGGUGCAGUUGUUAGCUCGGUUUUCGUUUCAAUUAGGUCAACAAUUAGCAGGUAUCAUCCCCCAAAAAAUGGCAGAGGGACAACAAGCGCCUCCUAACACUCCUCAAGAGUUCGAAAAGGCUUUGCAGUUAAAAGACACCGAAAUUGCCUCCCUAAAAGAAAAACUGGCCCUGGCCGAACUGGAGGUGGCCGAAGCCCAAAAAAUCAAAUCGAACAAGAGCAAACAAUGCGAAGAGGUGCAAGCGCUCAAGACCCAAUCGGAGGGCAUCCUCACCAAAGCGAAAUCGAUGAUUUUCGAGAACACCAAAGUGAUUAAGAACCAGGAACUCCAAAUCGAAGCGCUGGGCCAACAGAACGAGAGCCUUAAGGACGUGGUGACCAUCACCAAGGACCUCUUGGAAAUCAGAAACCUGGAGGUGAAACAGCUGGAGGCCAAAAUCACCGCCAUGGAUGGCAAAGUGAAGGCGGAGAAGGAGCGUCAAGAUUUACUCCAUAAGAAACUGGAAACGAUGAUCAGACAUAAUGGGGAACUGAAGAGGGAGUACGAGACGCAACUGUGCCUGUUUAAGGCCCUGAGGGAGCGGUACAAUGAAAAGGAACUCGCCCAGGGGGUGGUAAAUGAUUUAAGGGACGAUGUGGCUCAAGCCAGACAGGCGGAGGCUAAAAAUCAGGAAAUUGCUCAGGUGAACGGUGAACCAGAUGUAGAUCCAUCAACAGCCAACGGAGGUGUAGGAACGAAUAAUGGUGACGCAACAGAAGUGCCUAUGACCGAUAAGGAUGAUGACCCUAAGUAGCUUUUUUUCUUAUUUUUAGCUAGUUUGUAUAUACUUGUGAGCUCUUUAAAUACGUUUACAAAGACUAAUAAAUUAUUACGUUAAAUUAGUUUA